AAAAAAAUUAAAAAAAAACAAUUAAAAAUAAAUAAAAAUUUGUUUGCAGCAACAACAAUAGCAAAUAACUGACCCUACAAACGUGAAAACUUGAGAAAUACUACAAAUUACAACAAAAACAACACAACAAUAUCGGCCCAAAAUAACUUAAAACUAAAUGAAAUUAAAAAACCAAUCAAGCAAAGUUAUUGAAAUGUCAAAGUAAGUGAGCUGCUAGUCAAUCACAGCAAAUAAUUGCAACAAAAACAAAAAAACAAGCAUACGCGCGCGCUAACUUAUUUGCUUGGCUCCCUUGACUACCGCUUGCAAAGACAAACAAAUACAAGAAAACAACAAAACGCACACACAUACAUACACACACAGAGCUACAAACCGACACACACAUACAUAAAUAAAUUGCGGUAAAUAUGAAUAGCUGUCAAUGUCAGGUGCAUCAACCUAAAAGGCUUGUUUAAUUACAAGGCAGACACAGCGUAAAAGUGAAUAAAAGCAAACACAAACAACUACAAUAACAAAGUAAAUUGUAAAAAACAAAAACACCAGCAAUAACAAAGUAAAUUAUAAAUUCGUAAAUAACUAAAAAGGGCAGCGAACAAAUGCGCCAAAAGGCGUAAGGAAAACCCAUACUAGUGAGACACUAAGUUAAAGAUACAACAAUAACUACAAACACAUUGCAACAACAACACAGCCAACUGCAGCAUUAGCAAGCAGACAGUGGCAAAUCAAUUUCACAAAUUAAAAGCACCCAGCAUGCGCUUGAAGUGAGCACCACCGAAAAGAGAGAAAAAAAAAUAAAAUUACAACUGAGCCCACUGUACACGAACGCUUUGCAGCAACAAAGAAAAUGGCCACACCAACAGUUUGCACAAGUCCAGUGAGAUGGACAAAAACGAAAGCCACAAACAACACAAAACCUACAACAAAUACGAAAAUGAAACAAAUACGUCAUAAAAGGCCACAACCGCCAAACAGAACAAUAACACCAACAACAACAAGUUUGACGCGUCUAAAGUUGUCUUCGCUCACACCAACAACAGCGCUGCUGCUCGGCACACUCACACUGCUGAGUUUACACGCACAAACGCAAGCCUUCUGUCCCUCGAAAUGUCAGUGCCUCAGCGGCGAAGCGAACAGUCGGGCAUACUGUGUGGACGCAGCGCUCGAAGACGUGCCCAUACAGUUGAAUCCCGAAACGAAAUACAUCAAUUUGACGCGCAACAAAAUACGCAAUCUCGAAUUUACGCUGCCAUUUUAUAUGAAACUCGAAGUGCUCGAUUUGUCGCAGAACAUCAUCGAUACGCUGGGUUCGAAAAAUUUCGAAUUCCAAAAGGAUAUGCGCACAUUGAAUUUGAGUCGCAAUUCGGUGAGCGCUUUGCAAAAAGAUGCCUUCCGCGGACUGAGUAAUUUGCUGGUGCUCGAUUUGAGUUAUAAUCGCAUUGAAGUGGCGGAUGCCAGCGCUAUGAGUGAUCUCACUUCACUGAUUAAACUCGAUCUGACCAAUAAUAAUAUUGUGAGUUUAGAGGAUAAUUGCUUUCAUAAUAUGAUCUCGCUGGAGAUUUUGAAAUUCAAGAAUAAUCAACUCUUGGAUGUGCCAUCGAAUAAUUUGCAGCAUUUGCAUGCGCUCAAAUCCCUGGAUUUAUCCGAUAAUCUAGUGGAAUAUGUACGCAAUGAUAGUUUCGAAGGUCUGCGUGAGUUGGUGAUGCUCACGAUGCGUGGGAAUGUGAUAUCCGAGUUGGAUUUGAGCGCUUUUGAGGGUCUGACUGCGUUAAAGCAUCUCAAUUUGGCUGAUAAUAAUUUGACGAUGGUGCCUACACAACAGCUCUCAAAGUUAUCGAAUCUCACAUAUUUGUCGUUGAGCGGUAAUCGGUUUACGCAGCUGCCCGCGGUUGCUUUCAUGAACCUGUUUCAUUUACGUGAAUUGCAUUUGAACCGCCUGGAUCAUCUCAAUCGUAUAGAUUCAAGAGCCUUCAUCGACAAUACGCAUCUACAAGCAUUGCACCUCACCAACAACCUACAACUAUACGACAUUCCCAUGCGACUGUUCCAAGGCAAUCCCAACGUACUCGAAAUCUACAUGCAAGGCAACAGUCUGCAAACACUCUACUCCGCACAAUUCCCCGUCGACCAGCUGGAGCGUCUUUAUCUUGGCGAUAAUCCACUGCAAUGCAAUUGCUCGCUACUCUGGCUAUGGCGUUUGGUUACCGGAAAUUUCGAUGGCGAGGCCAACAACGCAGGUGGUGUGCAUGUUACACACAGUCAAGGUGAAGCGGCUGUUGCAGCGCUGGGCACGGCUGAUGCCGAUGUAGUGUCCGCAGCCGCAGAGGCUUAUGUCGCACAACAAAGGCCUACACGGGUUAGUAGCAGCAGCAGCGGCUCCAGCGGCUACCUACAACUCGACAUAGAACGCAUUGGCUGCGAUAUCUGGCAGGAUAAUGUACGCACGCGCCGCCGUCUAGUGACCAUGUCCGAGGGCGAUAUCACUUGCCCCGCGCAUAUUGUCACCAUUGUGUGUGCGAUUUUUACGCUGCUGCUCGUCUUCGCCAUCGGCGCCAGCAUCGUCUUUUAUCUGCGCUUCGUGAAGCGUCGACGGAAGCUGCUACACGAUCGUUCGCUCACACGUUCGGGCAAAUCAAUUGUCAAUGUACACGAUCGCAUACUGCAACAUCAACCGCUGAGCACCGGCGGCGUACUGGGCAUGAGCGUUGGUGGGCUCACCUAUCCACAUCACACGCUACAACAACAAGGUGGCACACAUCAUGCCAUGUUGCCGCUACACCCGCAUGAGUACCAGCAAACGCUGCCAGCGCAAGUGGACAAACUGGAAUUGGAACGAUAUCUAGCGGCGCAGGCGAUCGCCAACGAGUAUCGUGCCUUGAAGCCGUGGGAGUUGCCGCCCGUAAAGGAUGCGAAUGCCUACAGCGAUGAACCGGAGCACUUGUAUGAGAAGUUCGACCACUACGACUAUCCGGACAUGCAAACGUUGAGCAAAUCGAAGCAGGCGACUCUAAUGUCCAACACUGACGGUUGCAACACCAACAACAGCGCUAAUGGUGUGGUGCUGAUGGGUAAGGGUGGCGCUGGCGCUGGUGGCACAGCGGCUAAGCCGCAUGUGGUCUACGUAUGACUCCCGGGUGGACAAGUCGGCGGCGGCGUCGACGCAAUGGGUAGUGCAAGCAACGAGUGCGAGGGCGUAGAGGCCGAAGGCGAGCUGCGCUAUUGCCUCAACAACAACUAUAGUAGUUAUAUGAAAUUAGUUUAGAACGUGGCAGUUGGCGUAGUAGAGGUGGGGCAGGUUGAGAAGCGGAAGAGUAGCGGAAGCUGGCUAAACAGGCGGCGUUGCAAGCGAAAGCGUACGAAUGCAAUGGAGUUGCUACUAAUGACACGAAAUUAAAUCAAAUGCGAAAACUGUUAAGUGUAAGCAGUAAGCCGAGUAGGUUUGGAUAAAAAAGGAAACAAAACAAAAACAAAAACAAUAAAUGUAUAAACCACACUAAAAUCGUACGUUAGCAGCGAUGAAUCGAAACAAGGGUAUAUUUGUUAGCAACUAAGUUACAAACACAAGCAUACAUACAUACAUACAUACACCAAUAAUAGUAACACCGCAAACGUUAGGCAUUAUUAUUCGUAAUAUCUCGUACAUCUACGAACACCUAAUUUCCUGUUAACCUUAAGCGUUUAAGUAUAUAAAAUAUAUAUAUUUGCAUAAGCGUAGCAAGAAACAACAUUAAAUGAAACAAGGGAUACGUAUAGUGUUAUAUAAUAGCUAAAUUACAAUAAGUAAAUCACGAACAAAAUACUAAAAUUACAAAACGUAAGAAAACUUCGAGUACUAUGCAGUUAAAAUUAAAUUCAACAACAUUAUAGCAACACAAAAUAAUAUUGAAGAAAUGUUAACAUUUAAUUGAUAUUCAUAAAUAUACACAAAUAUUGUAAAUGACAAGCGAAAGUUUAAGCGCAGCAUGAGUGAAGUGACAUAAUAAAUUAAAAUGAACAUUUAAUAUUUGACGAACCUAUUUUUGUAACACUCUUAAUACCAAAAAAUGUGGUUUACAGCGCUCCGUGUUGUAGACCACAUUUGAAGAAAUUUUUUGUUUCUAUCUAUUUUCGAUUUUUUGGCACGUGAGAGUAGAUUAAAACGACUUUUUUUGCUUGUAAAUUGAAAUUUCCCACCCUGUCAAAACAAUCGGUUACACAUCGGUUAGUGCUUACCAAUGCUACCAGUUAAAUAACGAGUAAAAUAACUAGUAAAAUAUUACUUUUCUUUACAAUUGAAUUCCGAAUCUCGAAUUUUUUCUCUGCACCUGUUAGUAUAUGCUUGUAAAUUGAAGUUUUCCACUCUGGUGACACAAUUGGUUAUACUUUUUAGUGCUAAGUCAUUAUUAGCAGAUAAAUAAACAUUAAAAUAUUACCUUUGCUCCCAAUUGAGUUGAUACUGCUAUGUCUAGAGAUGUU